AUGGCGGCGAGGAAGAUGUGCAUCAGAAAGACCAAGGAAGAAACUGCUGAGUGGACAGGAUUAUUCCUGAGCGACCUGAAAACAGAGCAAGAGUCGCUUGUCUUUGUGAAGAGGAUGAUGGCAGUGGCAGUGUCCUCCAUCACCUACCUCAGAGGGAUCUUCCCAGAGGACGCCUACAGAUCCAGAUAUCUGGAGGAUUUGUGCAUCAAAGUUUUGCGUGAAGACUGCAGCACCCCUGGUGCCAGCAAAGUUGUGAAAUGGAUGAUGGGCUGCUUUGAUGCAUUAGAGAAGCACUAUCUGGAGAUUGUAUUCAUUGGGGUGUACACCAAUCCAGAUGAACCCAAUUGCAUCAUUGAGUCAUACCAGUUCAAGUUCAAAUACACUGAGAAGGGGCCAAAGAUGGACAUAAUCAGCAACAAAGGUGUGGAGAUGCAGGUGACACUGGAGGACACCAAGAGAGCCUCGGUGCUGCUCAUCAGGAAACUCUUCCUGCUGAUGCAGAACCUGGACGCCCUCCCCAGCAACGUGUACCUCACCAUGAAGCUCUACUAUUACGAUGACAUCACCCCUGAUGACUACCAGCCACCAGGUUUCCGGGAGGGUGAAUGCGACAGCCUCUGGUUUGAGGGCAUGGCAGUGCACUUCAAGGUAGGCGAGGUGCAGACGGCGUUCCACACCUUGAGAGUGCGCGUGUUGGCAGAACAAAGCCGACUGGAGAAGCUCCACGAGGGGAACCACCUGAAAGAGACCAAGCAGAUUUCUCAGAGCAAUCCUCCAGAGAGGGAAAUGAUGGAGGAUCCUCAUAAGACAACAAAUGAUGAAGAGGAUCCACCCUCUGAAGACGAGUCUGCUCAGUUCAAGAAACCUACAAGACACACAGCAAAGAGAACUGCAGCUUCCAAAAACCCGUUGAGGAAAAGAAGAAGAAUUUAGCCACAACAUUACA